AUGACCGGAGAAAAACCCAGCGGCAGUGGCAAGAAUGAUGCCAUUGACGUCACCUCGCCUUAUUACAUACACCCUUCUGAUUUACCCAAACAGAUGCACGCGAACGAGGCUUUAACCGAUGGAAACUACAGCGGUUGGGCCAAGGAGAUGGCUAAUUUCCUGUUUGCAAAGAACAAGAUGGGGUUCAUGGAUGGACGAUUCCCAAACCAGAGAAGACAGCAGAGGAUUAUAUGUAGUAGAUGUGUUGAUCUGAAGGAAAGGUUUGGGAAGGAGAGUGUGCCUCGAGCCUAUGAACUAAAACAAUCUCUUUCGGUUACUCAUCAGGAUGGUUCAUCUGUCUCAGCCUAUUAUACCAAACUUCGUGGUAUUUGUGAUGAGAUACAGUCAGUGCUUCCAGUCCCACAAUGCAUCUGUAGAAACUGUUCUUGUAACUUCGGAAAAAGGCUCAGUGAAUUCAAGGAAAAAGAGUGGUUGUACGAGUUUUUGAUGGGGCUUGAUGGGGACUUUACCACAAUAAGGACCCAUGUUCUCUCAAUCAAGCCGACUCCCACACUUGGAGAAGCCUACCGUCUUGCUUCGGAGGAAGAACAACAAAGGAAAAUCAUGAUGAUAAAGAGGACUCAAGUGGAGCCGGCUGCGUUAAAAACCCAAGGACGACGAGAAAGACCUUCCAACUUCCAACAAAACAACAGAGGGGUCUCAAAAGAACCCAAGCGAACUGCGGUUGAUGAAAUCGAUCAUUGCACUCAUUGUGGGAGAGAUGGCCACAAACGAGAUGGUUGUUUCAAGUUGAUAGGAUAUCCUGAAUGGUGGCCCGGAAAAGCAAAGGUUGAUAAAGUAAAGCCAAAAGCAACCCACAUUGAGACCGAGCCCAGUUUAGCAGGCCUGAAUGAAACCAAAUAUCAGGUGCUCAUGAAGCAUUUUGCCAAUAACAAGCAAAAUACUGAAGGUGACCCUAUUCGUAAGGUAAAUAUGGCUGGUAAGCAUAAUGAAAAUAGUGAUUGGAUCGUGGAUUCAGGUUCAACCGAGCACAUCAUUCAUAACCUGGAGUCUCUUGAAAAUGGUACUCGAACCAUACGAGAGGCAUCUGUUAUGAUACCGAAUGGUGACAACAUACCGGUAGAAGCGAAAGGGGAUUGCACCUUGAUCGGUGGAAAUAAAAUCAAUGAAGUUUUAUAUGUUCCAAACUUUAAUUGCAAUUUAUUUUCAGUUGGGCUUACACUCGAAGAAGUUGAUUGGCACAGGAAAAUGCAUUCAAGAUCAUCAUCAUCUGCGUGUCUUGAACAAAUAGUAGGGUUGAUUGAUGGUAUGGUGAUGAUGGUGGUGAAGAACGGUGACCGGAGAAGACGAUUGAUGUGGGUUACCAGUGAUGAUGAGAGGGUGGUUCACGGUUGUAGGUGGUGGUUGUGGUGGACAUCGGAGAUGAAGAGUGUUCUUGAAAUCUGGUUCAUGUAG